AUAAAAAAUACAUACUGAUAUAGAUGGACGCUAAAUGGAUGGCAUCAUGGAGUUGCUAUGGAAAAUUUAGAAUCAUGGUAAAUUGAAGUAAAAGGGUUCUAUUGUUUACAGUCAAGAUAACUCAAGCGUUUGAGGGUUUGAAGGUAAACGUUGAGUGAGCACUACUUCAGACAACAUGAAAGAUCAGAGGCUCUUGUUUUUCCUCUUUCUUCUCUUAAUUCCAUGCUACGGAGAAGAAACAGUGGCCGAGGACGUGGGGGUCCAUCAGAUAGAGCGCCUGGUGGAGCUGCUGACGUCCACAGAGUGCAGGGACCUCCUCACAGCCCUGUCCAGCCCAGAGGAGAACAUCUUCCAGCACCUGAGGCGCCUCCUUCCUGAGAACAACCGCCUGGACCCCAAGCCGCGAGCCAGGAGGGACGCCUCCGAUGCAGACGCCAGGGAGGCGGAGUGCAGGACAGCGCUGACACACUGGCUGCUGAGGAACGGGGAGCAGAUGUACUACGACAGGCUGUCCCGCGGCCUGCAGCACAUCGGCAGGUCAGACAUCGCCGCGGAGGUGGGGAAGAACAUCAACCAGGACAAAUCCCUGAGUCUCAAACGCUACGUUGAGGGCUACCACAAACACGCCAGCCGGUUAAAGACGCUGCCCGCCCGCUCAGAGAGAAGCCCGCAGACACGCCAAGACUCCAGAAAAACAGCCAGGAAGGUCCGGGACCUAACAUGGCGGGACCUGGACCUGGUUCUGGUGCGGGCCCCGGUCCUCCUGCGGGGGUGCCCGGGGGUCCUUGAUGGGGCGUGGCCGCUGCUCUACGGCCUGCUGCUGGGCGUGGGCGGAGCCCUCCUCCUCCUCCACAUGGCCGUCCGCAUCUCUGCGAGGGGCCGCCGGAGCGGCCCCCCACGAGGGAGCAGGGAGCAGGGGGACGGCGCGUCCGAGGGGCCCAUCGGGGCCCGGAGGACACAUGUGACCCAACAGAGGCCUACCCGGGAGUGUUGAGGGCCCCACUUUAACGAUUAAACCAAGAUAUUCCUGAAACCGGCCUGUCGCGUAAAUCAUGCUGCGUGUCAAGGCUCCCAUUGUCUCACCUCUUCAGUAAAACCAUCCGGUCAGUUCCAGUUUUCA